AUGACACCAGUACACUUUAGCUUCAGCUCAGCCUUCGUGUUAGGACUGAUAGGCCUAGCAUUCCAUCGAACCCACCUACUAUCUGCCCUAUUAUGCCUAGAGGGUAUAAUACUAUCAUUAUUUAUUGCGCUAGCCCUGUGGGCUUUACAGUUCGAAUCAACAGGAUUUUCUGCCGCACCUAUACUUUUACUAGCCUUCUCCGCCUGUGAAGCUAGCGCAGGACUUGCACUUCUGGUUGCCACAGCUCGAACUCACGGAACCGACCGCCUUCAGAACCUCAACUUAUUACAAUGCUAA